AUGAAAAACACGCGUCACAGAGUCUGCGUCCCAACAUCCCAGUUGCCGAACAGGCUGGAAAACAAGUAUUCAUCGUCAAAUGUGUAUUCUGAAGCCAGGAACGUGCUCACACAAUGGGCUGCAACUCGCAUUGUGGAUGCAGACGAGGAAGAAGAUGCCAGUAUUCUUAACAAUGUUAUCAAUAUCCAAAAUCAAACCUUUACAAAACACCAGUGGAAUGAGCUGAAUGGAGAAAUUUUUGAAUUCUCCGAAAAAUUCAGAAAGACUUCAGACGCAGAAAAAAGAGUGAACUCAAAAUCACAGUCGCAUAAACCUUCUCAGACUGGUCCCCAUGGUUCUAGUAGAACAGAACGGAAGGAAACGAUCAGAGAGAAUCCAACGCAGAACAUGUUGGAUAGAAUGCUUUUACGUUUUGAAGAGUCACGUGCUCGUCGUGAACUUAGGAGACAAGAGGAAGAACAACGGGCGCGUGACUUGCUCCUACAACGCGAGGCGGAGCUCGAGGCUGCAGAACUGGUGCAACUAGAACAGCAAGCAGCUGAGCGUCUGAAGGAACGGUUGCGACAGGAAGAAGAGAUGCUCCGUAUUCGUAGAAUGAUGGAUCUAGGAAACGAAACGACCUCGACAGAAAGAGGAUGUCACGAUGAGGAAGGGGUAUCGGACAACUCAAAAGUCCAGUUCACUGCUGAUGCUGACAGGGAAAUACGAGAGUCGCUUUUGCGAUCUGCUUUUCACACAUGGCUGGUAAACAUAAAGAUGGCUCACACAGAGGUCUCGGUGCGUGGGAAAACAACACAACAUCAACUGCUGAGAGCUGUAUUUUCUGCGUGGAAUUCGCAGGUUGCCGAGAUUCGCCUGGAAAGGGAAAUGGAAGAAGCAAGGCAACAAGAUUAUGAACUUACUUGGGGUGAAACGUCAGCUGUAGAGUUUCAUCAGAAUUUGCUGAAACGCCAAAUGUUCCGAAUCUGGAAAGCCAACGUCCGAGGAAGAAAGGCCCGUCGAAUCCUAGCAGAGCGUGAGGAACUACGACGUCAAAAAGAGACCGAAUUUUUGGAUCGACUACACAGCUGGGCAAGUACACCACGUUCGCAUCACGGCCACGGAGUGCACACGCACGAUUUCGACAACAUGGAUUUGACAAAACACAAAUCAGAAUCCGCCCAACGAAAUGAUGGACGAUCAGCUGACGAACGCUCAAAAUUGUCAUCCACAGUGUGCCAACAGCGCCAGAAAAUCGCCGAACAGCACAGAGAAAUCGAAAAGCUCAAGUUGGAAAAGCGUCAAGCAGAGCUGCUGUUGGAAGCAAAGGAACGAAUGUUGAGGGAGCGCUCAUUAAUUCAGGCAAGAAAAGGACCACUUCGACAGGUCCCUCACCUGAAAUCCGGGACCAUGGAAUGCCGAAAACAUCAGAGUCUAACUUACAAUUCGGCAGCAUCUUCGCCAAGACCAUAUGAGACGGAUUUCGCCAGCUCACGCUCCAUCCCAAAAGCUACCGAAAUGUCUUGUGGUCAGACUGGGAAAGGUGAAAACGACACAGCAGCGGUUACCAGAACUGUCCAGAAGAAUCCGUUCUUGAUUCGCAUGGAAGAACAGGCAGCUAAAAGAGCCGCAUUACGUGCAGAACGUGAAGAACGCCGACGACUGGCAGAAGAGAAAAAGAGGGAAGAAAAUGCCAGGCAAUUGGAAGAAGAAGCCCGGCGGUUGAGGGAGGAGAAGCAAGCACUUCUUCAAGCGCGUAGGACAAAACAAUUGGAAGAAGAGAGAAAACGAAGACAGCAGGAACAGCGGUUGAUGCGCCAACGUGAAGUCGAAGAAAUGACGGCGUGUCAUCGAAAUAGACAACUG